AUCUUUUCUACCUAAUUUAACUUUUCAGUAUGUCUCACCAUGCUCCAAUUAUUCAUCGUUCGCGUAAAGCUCCUCAAGAAGAAGAGGAUGCCGCAAAAUUAAAAUUUGGCGAAGAUUUUGAGGAUGAAGAGUUUCUAUUUAUUUCUGAAGUAGCACUUUUGUUAGAAAAAAUACCAGAUUCUCAAAAGAAUAAUACCGUGUACAAAAAAACCGAGGAAUUAGUAAAUACGUUUACAAGAUUUCAUAAUGAUGAAUCAGUUCGUGAACUUCGAAAAACUUUAAUGAGACACAAGCUACAUAAGUAUGAAUUAGCACAGUUGGCAAAUCUAGUUUGUGAAGAAAUAGAUGAGGCAAAAUCACUAAUACCAAGUUUAGCCAAAAGAAGUGAUGAGGAAAUUCGUGCCAUGCUUGAUGACAUUUCAGCAUUGAAAAAAUAUCAAAGUUAAAAGAUGACUUAAGAGAGUAAAUCAUCUUAAUAAAUACGAUAUUUUGAAGUUUUCUAUUUUUUACAUAUAUUUAAUAUAUAAAGUUCGAUACUGCGUGUCUUGCGCCAAGACAAUAACUAAAAAUCAUGGCACCUUCCCGUAAUAGUUAUCAUAUACCCUUAACGUAGAUGUUUAAAACCUAGAAUUUUUUUAUACGAAAUAAAAAUUUCCUUUAACGGGAUACGUAUAGAAUUACGUGAUUAUUUUAAACUACAAAAAAAAACGAUUUUCAUCGUACAAGUCACGUGUAUAAAAUUUUCAUAUAUACUAUAAAUACUAUUGACAAAGCAAAUUCUUUCUUUCUCUUUCUU